AAAACAUGCCUAUAUAUUAAAAGGGUUAAAAAUGAAGGUAGAAAUGAGAAUGAAUGAGCUAUAUUAAUUGACAGAGGAGGAAGAGGUGAAAGGAUCCAAAAGCGACAGUGGAUGCUGGGGGAGAUGAAGACACCCUUCUCACCAUCUCCAUCUCCAUCUCCAUCGUCUCUUCUAAAGAACAAGGCUCGCUUCUCUCCCUACCUCGUCACCCUCCUAGUCUUCAUUUUCUUGGUCUCUAUACUCUAUGGCGAGGACUUCAUCUGCAUCUUCGGCCAACAGCUUCAACUCUACUCCAACCCUCACGCCUUCUUCUCCUCGCCCGAGAGAGUGAAAAGGCAAAAGCUUCCGUUUGCGAUAGGGAAAACAGAGGAAGGGUGCGACGUGUUCAGUGGGAGGUGGGUACGGGACGAGCUGAACCGCCCUCUCUAUGAGGAGUCGGAAUGUCCGUACAUACAGCCUCAAUUGACCUGUCAGGCACACGGACGCCCCGACAAGGAUUAUCAGUUUUGGAGGUGGCAGCCUCACGGCUGCGAUCUUCCCAAAUUCAAUGCGAGUUUGAUGCUGGAAACGCUUCGCGGGAAGAGGAUGAUGUUCGUCGGAGAUUCUUUGAACAGGGGUAUGUAUGUCUCUCUCGUCUGCCUUCUCCAUCGGCUCAUCCCCCAAGAUGCCAAGUCCAUGGAAACCUUUGAUUCCCUUACCGUCUUCACCGCCAAGGAAUACAAUGCCACCAUAGAGUUCUACUGGGCGCCAUUCCUUCUGGAAUCUAACGCCGAUAACGCCGUCGUCCACAGAAUAUCCGACAGGGUCGUGAGAAAGGGUUCAAUCAACAAGCAUGGUCGGAAUUGGAAAGGCGUGGACAUUUUGGUGUUGAACACCUAUCUGUGGUGGAUGACUGGCCUGAAGAUGAAGAUCUUGCUCGGAUCAUUUGAGGACGAGGCGAAAGAGAUAGUGGAGGUGUCAACAGAGGAUGCGUACCGGAUGGCGAUGAAGAGCAUGCUGAGAUGGGUGAGGCUGAACAUGGACCCAAAGAAGACGAGAGUGUUCUUCACCAGCAUGUCUCCGUCUCAUGGAAAGAGCAUAGACUGGGGAGGGAAGGAGGGAGGGAACUGCUACAACGAGACGAAGAUGAUAGAGAACGCCACGUACUGGGGAUCAGACUGCAGGAGGAGCGUGAUGGGAGUGAUAGGGGAGGUGCUGAGGAAGACCAAAGUGCCCAUCACCUUCCUCAACAUAACGCAGCUGUCCAGUUACAGGAAAGACGCCCACACCUCCAUAUACAAGAAGCAGUGGAGCCCCCUCACGGCGGAGCAGUUGGCCAACCCCGCCAGCUACGCAGAUUGCGUCCACUGGUGUCUCCCCGGCCUUCAGGACACUUGGAACGAGCUCCUUUUUGCCAAGCUCUUUUAUCCCUGAUGUAAUCCCAAACACAUUACUGAAUCUGAUUGUGCGAAUUUAAGCCGAGCCUGAACCCGAAUGAAUCCAAAGGGCCCAUUCGUCCCAAGGAGUUAUUCAUUUUGAGCCCAACUGAAGCCCAAGGCAGCCCACCUUUGUCGCGCUUCCCCCAUCAAAUGGGA